AUGUUGAAAAGUCUGGUUUCGGGCCUUCUUGGCCUCGCAGCUAUCUCCCAGGUCGUGGCUCAAGACGAACCUAUCGUCGAUGACUCUUUCUUUUUUGGACAGGCGCCCGCAGUGUACCCUACCCCUGAGCUAUCACCAGAUGGCCCUUGGUCAGAUGCUCUUGCCAAGGCCAAGACUCUCAUCAACCAGAUGACUUUGGAAGAAAAGUACUGGUUGCAGCGGUUGGAUUCCCGGCAUACCUCGACUUGGGUUUCCUGGGAUGUGCCUCGUGGACUCGGGCAACAGCUACAUGAAACAGUGGAGGGAAUUCAGGAGAACGGAGUGAUGACCAGCACCAAGCCCUCCUCGAUCAAGCAAGGCUUAACUGACCUUUUCAGGCCUUUCUACGACGCAGUUCACGCUGGCACGGCCAAUAUCAUGUGCUCUUACAACAGACUCAACAACUCUUACGCCUGUCAAAAUAGCAAGUCGCAAAAUGGCUUACUUAAGGAGGAGCUUGGCUUCCAGGGAGGUGUUGCCUCUGCACUGAGCGGACUUGACGUGGCUAUGCCUAACGGCGCUGGCAAAUUUGGAUCAUCACUGGUCGAGGCAGUUAGCAACGGAUCUCUUCCAGAGGCGCAGAUUGAUAACAUGGCGACCAGACUUAUCGCAUCCUGGUUCCACCUAAAGCAGAACGCCGAAGGCUUUCCCAAAGCUGGUAAUGGCAUGGCUCAAAGGCUCUGGGAGCCGCACUCUAUUGUCGAUGCUCGUACGAAAUGUUCCAAGCCGACUCUUUUCGACGGCGCGGUUGAGGGCCAUGUUCUUGUCAAGAACGAGAAAAAUGCGCUACCGUUGCGCUCCGAAAACAUGAAGCUGAUCUCUCUCUUUGGCUAUUCCGCCCGCGCACCCAGCAGUAACACGCCAGUCCCUGCAGCGAACGGUACCCGAUUCGCAUCAUGGGAGAUGGGCAUCCAGUCCGCCAACAUCACAGAGGUCGACCUGGGUUGGUUCGGUAACCUCGAUCUUCCGACAUCUGACAUUGCAAUCAACGGAACUCUCAUCUCUGCUGGUGGCUCGGCGGCGCCCUCGUGGAGCUUGAUCAGCGCCCCCUACGAUGCUCUCGUAGCCCAGGCUUACGAGGAUGGAACCGCUCUUUACCAUGACUUUGAGUCCGGAGAUCCUUCUGUCAACCCAAAUUCUGAUGCCUGCAUUGUCAUCGGUAACGUCUGGGCCACAGAAGGGUAUGAUCGCCCAUCGCUGCGCGACCAGUACACUGACAAGCUCAUCUUAAAUGUGGCCAACAAGUGUGCCAACACGAUUGUGGUAUUCCAUAAUGCUGGGCCACGCCUCGUCGACUCCUUCAUCGAACACCCUAACGUCACAUCUGUAAUCUUUGCUCAUCUUCCGGGCCAAGAUAGUGGAAGGGCAUUGAUCUCACUCCUUUAUGGCCAGGAAAACUUCUCCGGCCGUCUUCCGUAUACUGUUGCCCGUAACGAGUCCGACUACGGCGAUUUACUGAAGCCUUAUUACACGUCUCGAGAUGCGCCUAGUCGGUUUCGGACAUAUCCCCAGUCUAACUUUGUGGAGGGUACUUUCGUGGAUUACCGUGAUUUCGACUCUAAGAAGGUCGACCCACGUUUCGAAUUUGGUUUUGGUCUGAGUUACACAACUUUCAACUACUCUUUUCUCAAAAUCUCCAAGACCAAUGGUAGCUUGGGUGCAUAUCCGACGGGCCCAGUUAUUGAGGGAGGGAAUAAAGAUCUGUGGGAUGAGUUAGUCAUCGUGGAAGCGGACGUAACAAACAGCGGAAAGGUCGACGGAAUGGAGGUCGCGCAGCUAUAUCUCGGCAUUCCCGGUGAUGAGCAUACGCCACUAAAGCAGCUCCGAGGUUUCGAGAAGCAACUGAUAAAAGUAGGUGAGACCGCUACUAUCAAAUUCCCCCUGAGACGUAGAGAUCUUAGUGUAUGGAAUGUAGAGGCACAAAAGUGGCAUCUUCAGGAGGGGGAGUACAGAGUUUCCGUUGGCAAGAGCAGCCGAGAUCUACCAUUGAAGGGUAUCCUGGUGCUUUGA